AUGCGGUCCCCUGAGCCGUCAGGUCACCCAGCAGCCGAGCCGCCCCUGGAGCAGACACAACUGCAGCAGCCGCCCCUGGAAGCAGCCGCCACUGCAGCAGCCGCCCCAGGAGCAGCCGCCACUGCAGCAGCCGCCCCUGGAGCAGCCGCCACUACAGCAGCCGACCCUGGAGCAGCAGCCACUGCAGCAGCCGUCCCUGGAGCAGCCGCCACUGCAGCAGCCGCCCCUGGAGCAGCCGCCACUACAGCAGCCGUCCCUGAAGCAGCAGCCACUGGAGCAGCCGCCACUGCAGCAGCCGCCCCUGGAGCAGCCACCACUGCUGCAGCCGACCUGAAGCAGCCGCCACUGCAGCAGCCGUCCCUCGAGCAGCCGCCACUGCAGCAGCCGCCCCUAGAGCAGCCGCCACUGCAGCAGCCGCCCUUGGAGCAGCCGCCACUGCAGCAGUCGCCCCUGGAGCAGCCACCACUGCAGCAGCCGCCCCUGGAGCAGCCGCCACUGCAGCAGCCGCCCCUGGAGCAGCCGCCACUGCGGCAGCCGUCCCUGGAAUAG